UCAACCUCCAAAAUGGCGGCGCACUAAGUGGUCAGAUGUAAUGUUAUCGCCGUCGGGAAAGAAUCUCAAAUUAUAAUUUGCUACUCAAAUUUUGAGGAGUUUUUAGAUCUAUAAAAUGGCUUUGUUCACUGAUGUGUGUCGUAGUGUUCGCACUCUCUUAAUUCAAUGUCAGAGAUCUACAGCAGCAGCAGCAUGGAUUCACUGCCAGUCAUAUCGGAGGUUUACUCAGAGAGCACUUAAGCCAGAGCCAGUGGAUAGCGAUAAUGAAGCCAUCAAUAAAACAUUUGUUAACCGAAACCCAAGAAACUUGGAACAGAUGGCCCUUGCAGUAAAGGAUCGUGGCUGGGCCACAGUCUGGCCCUCUAGACAGUAUUAUCACAGGUUGGUGUUCAGGCGCUCACAGCAACACAUCACAGCUGAGGUGUUCUCCAGUGACUCAAUAGUCCCUGUGCUCUCUUGCUCCACUAAAGAGUGGGCAGUGAAGCGGCAGCUGGGCUCCACACGCUCUGUAGCAGCUUGUCGUGCUGUAGGUGAGGUGCUUGCCAAGAGAUGUCUUGAAGCAGGCCUCACACGGAUUGUUUAUCGAGAGGUGCCGUGGAAGUUUCGGUCAGAGGCGAGUCAGACGUUCUGGACAGCCAUGAAAGAGGGUGGCGUUACACUCAACGAACCAAGGCGAAAAUUCAUUUAAAUGUUUUUUUACUGUCGUAAAAUGUCAUAAUUCUCUGUAAAUAUAACUGUUCUCAUAUUUAAA